CCGCCCGCCCGCCCGGCCGCUGUAGGCCCGGCCCAGCCCGGCCCCGGGACGCCGCUGCCCGCGGGCGGGGGCACCGGGGCGGGCGGCCGCGGCGAUGCGCAGCCGCUGGCCCCGGCAGGCGGCCGCCCUGGGGCCGUCGGGAUGGAGGUGAGAAGGCGGCCGUGACGCACGAACGCGCGAACCCCUGCACCCCAGCGGCGCACGGCGCUCCCUGCCCCCCUCCCCGGCGGCAGCCGGCCUCGCCGUCGAGUGACAGCGGCCUGGGGGGGCAGGGGGGGCGGGGGCGGCCGGACCAGCGAUGCCGGCGGGCAUGACGAAGCAUGGCUCCCGCUCCACCAGCUCGCUGCCGCCCGAGCCCAUGGAGAUCGUGCGCAGCAAGGCGUGCUCGCGGCGCGUGCGCCUCAACGUGGGGGGCCUGGCGCACGAGGUGCUGUGGCGCACCCUGGACCGCCUGCCCCGCACGCGGCUCGGCAAGCUCCGCGACUGCAACACGCACGACUCGCUGCUCGAGGUGUGCGACGACUACAGCCUCGACGACAACGAGUACUUCUUCGACCGCCACCCGGGCGCCUUCACCUCCAUCCUCAACUUCUACCGCACCGGCCGGCUGCACAUGAUGGAGGAGAUGUGCGCGCUCAGCUUCAGCCAGGAGCUCGACUACUGGGGCAUCGACGAGAUCUACCUGGAGUCCUGCUGCCAGGCGCGCUACCACCAGAAGAAGGAGCAGAUGAACGAGGAGCUCAAGCGCGAGGCCGAGACGCUGCGGGAGCGCGAGGGCGAGGAGUUCGACAACACGUGCUGCGCCGAGAAGCGGAAGAAGCUCUGGGACCUGCUGGAGAAGCCCAACUCCUCGGUGGCCGCCAAGAUCCUGGCCAUCAUUUCCAUUAUGUUCAUCGUCCUCUCCACCAUUGCCCUGUCACUCAACACGCUGCCUGAGCUGCAGAGCCUUGAUGAGUUUGGCCAGAACACAGACAACCCGCAGCUGGCCCACGUGGAGGCCGUGUGCAUCGCGUGGUUCACCAUGGAGUACCUGCUGCGAUUCCUCUCCUCGCCCAAGAAAUGGAAGUUCUUCAAGGGCCCACUCAACGCCAUCGACUUGCUGGCCAUCCUGCCAUACUACGUCACCAUCUUCCUCACCGAAUCCAACAAGAGCGUGCUGCAGUUCCAGAACGUCCGGCGAGUGGUCCAGAUCUUCCGUAUCAUGCGUAUCCUGCGCAUCCUCAAGCUCGCGCGCCACUCCACCGGCCUCCAGUCCUUGGGUUUCACUCUGCGCAGGAGCUACAAUGAGCUGGGCUUGCUCAUCCUCUUCCUUGCCAUGGGCAUCAUGAUCUUCUCUAGCCUUGUCUUUUUUGCAGAAAAGGAUGAGGAUGACACCAAGUUUAAAAGCAUCCCAGCCUCUUUCUGGUGGGCCACCAUCACCAUGACGACAGUUGGGUAUGGAGACAUCUACCCCAAAACGCUCCUGGGGAAAAUUGUUGGUGGUCUCUGCUGCAUUGCCGGAGUCCUGGUGAUUGCUCUUCCCAUCCCUAUCAUUGUCAAUAACUUCUCUGAGUUCUACAAGGAGCAGAAGAGGCAAGAGAAAGCGAUUAAGCGAAGAGAGGCCCUGGAGAGAGCCAAGAGGAAUGGCAGCAUUGUCUCCAUGAACAUGAAGGAUGCUUUUGCGCGGAGCAUUGAGAUGAUGGACAUCGUGGUUGAGAAAAAUGGAGAAAACACAGGUAAGAAGGAUAAAGUCCAAGAUAACCAUUUGUCUCCCAAUAAAUGGAAAUGGACGAAGAGGACACUGUCCGAAACUAGCUCAAGUAAGUCCUUUGAAACCAAGGAGCAGGGAUCCCCUGAAAAAGCCAGAUCAUCGUCCAGUCCGCAGCAUCUGAAUGUCCAGCAGUUGGAAGACAUGUACAAUAAAAUGGCCAAGACCCAGUCCCAGCCCAUCCUCACUAGCAAGGAUUCAGCAACACAGAGCAAACCAAAGGAGGAACUUGAAAUGGAGAGCAUUCCCAGCCCCGUAGCCCCGCUGCCCACUCGCACAGAAGGGGUCAUUGAUAUGCGGAGCAUGUCCAGCAUCGAUAGCUUCAUUAGCUGUGCCACAGACUUCCCUGAAGCCACCAAAUUCUCCCAUAGCCCUUUGGCAUCACUCCCCAGCAAGCCUGGGGGCAGCACAGUUCCUGAGGUGGGCUGGCCGGGGGCUCUGGGUGCCAGCGGCGGUCGGCUAGUAGAGGCCAACCCCGACCCCAGCCACCACUCCAGUUUCAUUGAGAGCCCCAAGAGCUCCAUGAAGACCAACAACCCCUUGAAGCUCCGAGCACUGAAAGUCAACUUCAUGGAGGGCGACCCCAGCCCGCUGCUCCCGGUCCUGGGAAUGUAUCACGACCCCCUUAGGAACAGAGGGGGCGCUGCGGCUGCUGUGGCCGGACUGGAGUGUGCCACGCUCUUGGACAAGCCUGUGCUGAGCCCAGAGUCCUCCAUCUAUACCACAGCAAGUGUUAGGACACCGCCCCGCUCGCCCGAGAAACACACAGCAAUAGCAUUCAACUUCGAGGCAGGUGUCCACCAGUACAUCGACGCAGACACGGACGAUGAGGGGCAGCUGCUCUACAGUGUGGACUCCAGCCCUCCCAGGAGUGUCCGGGGGAGCACCAGCCCCAAGUUCAGCAUCGGCCCUAGAUCAGAGAAGAACCACUUUGAAAGCUCCCCCUUACCCACCUCCCCCAAGUUCUUAAAGCAGAACUGUAUUUAUGCCACCGAGGCAUUGACUGGAAAAGGCCCCAGUGGUCAGGAAAAGUGCAAACUCGAGAACCACAUCUCUCCCGACGUCCGAGUGUUGCCUGGGGGAGGAGCCCACGGGAGCACUCGGGAUCAGAGCAUCUGAACUCCCUACCACAAAGGGGACACUUGUGGGCAAGAUCCAAGGAGGACAGCUGUCCAGCUUACCUGCCACAGAGCUUUUCUUCAUGAACUCACACAGAAAAGCUCUUCCAAGCUCCCAGGGAGCUCACGGAAGUCCCCUAAGACCUGGAAAGCCACACAGGUCCAUCAGCAUGAAGUUGGCCAAGCCAUGGGGACAGUGCCUCCUUGUAAUAAUUCUACUGCCCUCUUUGGGAGAUGACACAAGCAGAGCUCACAGCCACCACGACCACCAUUCUAGCCCUCACUGAGGCCACCUGCUCCCCAUCCUUCUCUCGUGGCUCUGUCACGGCCUCUGAGGGCCACGUGUCCAUCCCUUCUGGCUCCAGCUGAAGAAGGAUGCCGGAACAAGUGGCUGGUAUUGAAGAAUGCAUUGACCAAUUUUGGUAUUCAGUGUCGCCUGGCCACCCCUAGGAAAACCUGUCCAUCACCUCCUGGAUCCCCUGUUAGAAGGCCUCAGGGCAUCCUGAGGAAAUCGCGCCAUAAGCCACGAUCCCAGAGCAAAACCCUUCCUCAAAUGACUUCAUUGACUUCAGUGUUCCAUAGUACCUGAGCUUUUAUUUUGAGAUACCAUCAGGGUGAGUUGCACCAUUUGUACUGGAUUCUUGUUGCCUCCUGGCAAUCUGGGAAGGGUUCAGAAGGUGGGCACACAGCCAACGGGAUGAACUCUGCAUUGCUUUAGGCUUAUAGAAAGAAAAUGAUUUCUGUACAUCACUGGGGUAGACUCAAAAGAUACCCGAGUGUCAAAUAUGCAAAAGAAAUAGCUUACUCAAAAAGACUCUGUGUUACUGAAGAACAGCAGAAAAAUCUGAUUUUCUUUUUUACCUGCAAAAAUGAAAGGAAAAAAAAAAACAAAACAAAACGCCCUCGUUAAAUGCCCCAUCCAGACUUCUGAAUACUUCCUGCCGCAGCAGGGAAAGCACCUACUACGAUAGAAAAUUUUUUUUGUUUGUUUUUGUUUUUGUUUCCUGUGGUAUUCAAGCUAAAAGAAAUUUAAUAAAAAGCACUUUAUGUUUUCAAAUAUAGGUUCUACCAGGGACAGUGUCACCAUCUUGCACUUUAAAACAAGCACUAUUUCCCGUGGGCCACCUGUUGACGCUGUGUUAGGGUGUUGUUACAGGCCCGUUUCCAGCCACGGUGGGCAUCUUCCAAGUCCGUGGGCUCCUUUCCUGCCCCUCUGGAGCUUCCCCUCACCCCCAUGGGCCAGGAGGGGUUCUUCUAAAGUCACCUGCACAGGAGACAUGCACAUCUCAGAAGGUCCCAGCGACAGUUGGGCAUUGGGUGUCUGUUCUUUCUCGUCAACCAGCCAUCGGUGUGUUUUCAGUGUCAGUCUGUCCUACAAGCUCAGCUCUCCUUCCUGCAGCCAUCAAUGCAGACAGUACAGACAAAAGCAAUAAGUAUGUGUGUGCAUCCUGAGCGGUUUCUGGUGUAUUUCUUGCUGUUGGUCUUCCUGUCCUAGUUUGGUGACCCGCUAUCUUCCUGCUUGCUUUUACUCCAGCGGCGUGGUGUUGUUGGCCGUUCCUCCGUACGGUGGCAGCGAGUUGAGCCACUGGUUAAUACAAUGUUAUUGUAUCGGUUCAUGUGUCAGCAAAGAUAAGCUGUUUUUUGUCUGCCUGUCUAUCUAGUACAGUGGAUCAAUGUUGUCCUCCGGGUACACUGUUGAUGGAUGAUGUCCCAGGUAUAAUAGUGUGAUUCUGCCUGGCUUCAACACGGUGACAGGCAUGUGUCUUCCUGGUGGAACAAAGACAUCAUGUUGGGUCACUUAUCUUUAGUGCAAUCUGUCGCUGGCCUGCCCAUUAGUACCAUGGUGUGAUCCGCCUGUCCUUACACAACUGUCACGUUGUGGUGAUGUUGCCCUUAAAAAUGUGUGCUCUCUGCUGCAUAUGGACCCAGUUUAUGGCCCUUCGCAGCCUCUCAGAAGGGUACGGUCCCGUUCUUUGCUGUGUUAAUGAAUAAAAUGCAAACUUGACUCUUUCUUGGCACUUUCACAGGACCCGCGAGCAGGUGCCAAGGGACUGAGGGGCGGGGAGAGUGAGUGCGGGCACAGGUUGGCACCCCAGGGAGGAAGCACAGAGCUUCCCAAGCCCUUUGCUGGGUGCAGAGCAAAGCUGGGGCCUCUGAGGAAUGACCGUGGGACAGUUCCCUGCUGGCCAUCUUCUGUGUCUCUGUUUUCAUCACCAUUUCUGUCCAUCAGCACAAAUGUGAAAAUUCAGGGAAAACAAAUGCUUUUUGAUAAAAGUAAAUAGUUGUGAUUUCCGAUUCAAAUAUUUUUAGAGCUGAUGCUAUCUGUAAAAAUUAAUAAUAAUAAUAAUAUAGUCUAUUUUACAUAUCAGGAAAGUGAACAUGUUUCAAUAUAGCCAUAUAGAGUGAGAAGGAACUCACCACCCCUUCUUCAAAUCAAGGCAUUUUGUUGUUGGUUAAAGCGGAUGAGAAGUGUACAGGUUGGAAAUUACUUCCUCUUUCUUUCUUUCUUUCUUUUUUUUUUUAAUGAAUAACCAAUUGGUGCAACUCUCCUUGUAACCAAAGGCCCUUUAUGCCUUCUGUCAUGUAGGACCUGGCCCUUCUUUCCUCCUGUGUUUUGUCUGACCUAAAGUAGCAUUUUAUCGAGUCACUUUUGAAGGACGAAUUCAGAAGUAUCAUUAAGAACCUACCUUUUCAGGCUUCAUAGCCAGAGUCCUAUAGAGUUCUUAUAGAAACAGAAUCAUUGAAAAUCAGCAUAUACUAUGCUUAGAAAGUAUUCCGUUUUGGUUUGGGUUUGGUUUUUUCUUUUACUUGUAUGUGUAUGUAUUGCAGGAAUAUAGCUUUUACCCUGCCCUCGACUCAAAAUAGCCCAUUGUACUAUUUCCCAGCAUCCCCCACACCCACCAAAAAGGAACACGCCCCAAUUUAUAAUGUGCAUUCACCCAGCCUGCACCCAUGUACAGGCAUCUAAUGCACUGGGAAAUCUACCUAAGGUCUCCACUGAGACGCGGACCUUCAUAGCUGAUCUUGGUAGAGAAGAAAACUGUGUUUGGAGGCAAAGACUGCUUUAGCUAACAUUUGCACCCAUUGCUGGACCAGCCAGAGCAAACAGAAACAGAUCGACCCACAUAAAAAGAAAAUGAGGGGCUGGGGUGGGCAGACGCCUGGUCCCUUUGGCUAAUACACUGAAACUCGUCACAAACUUGCGUUCCAACUUCCCCCACUCUUGGAAAGGGCUAGGGACCAGGUGGCUGCGUGUCCCCACUCACAUGGGACAGUCUGGCCAGCGGGAAGGGAAGUAGCCACAGCGUGAAGAUCCAGUUCAUCCACCAUUCUGUCUUUGGGUGAAAGGAAACAACUGGUCUUCGGUGCAGUAGAUUUCUCAGUGCCUUCUUUAGGAAUUUUAUCUUAAGCACACUUGAAGGGAAAAAAAAAAGGAGAGAACAUUCAUUCCCACGAAGUCCCAUAAAAGAUCAGGAACCAAGAACAAGAAGAAGAAGAGAAAACAACAAAAUCCUGCGGUGGCUGUCUCCUCCCCACCUGCUCGGCUUGCCCCGAUAACUGCUGGCGAUACACUCUUCAGACUGUUUCCUGAACCUCUCUCCUCCGCCACGGCUCGGUAGCGGUAGCCUGGUCUCUGCCCUUGCUCCUGAUAAGAUCCAUGUUUAGUGGGGGGACAAUAUUCUCUUCUGUGAAACUGCAAUGUAUUGUUGAUAUUUGUAACUAUUGUAUACUUCUGUCCUGCUCCAGUCAUAGCUGAAUGUCUACUCCGUGAGUAAGGGGACAUUUAAAAUUCACCAUGGACAAGGGUCACUAAAGCCAGGUCUCUCUCUCUCUCUCUCUCUCUCUCUCUUUUACUUCUCUAGCAACUUGUUUCAAGUAAGAUAAUCCCAGGCUCUUCAGCCUUAAGUCAAGUAAAUUUGAAUCAAAGAAGGACACAAUAAAAAGCUCCAGGACCUAUGCCUUUGGGGACAUGUUUUUCUGUAGCCUUGAAGUUGCCAGGAGAAAGGAGGAGGCUUCUCAGAGUCCGCAGCAGGACCAUGAAACGCUUCCAGCCCCAAGAGGGCGUUUCCUUGUCUACCACCGCUUCUAUGAUAAAACCCAAAUGCUUUCAUGUCACCCAGCCAGGGCCACCCGAACCAGCCCUGGCCGCACACAGAAAGAAAUAAGUGUUACCUCUGUGUUUUGUUGCCAUUUUCCUGGCUCUAAAAGUAUUUGAUGUGUGACUACAUCAUAGGAGGCCCACACAUCUCAGAGUAGUCUAUUUUUCUGUUCAGAUAAAAUUUAUAUAUGUGUGUGUGUGUGUUUUUAGCAAAUUUAUAAUAGGGCAUUUGAGUCUAAUUUCUUCUUUUAUGAUACAGAGUACUAUCUUAGGAGUUUUAUUGUUGGUCAGUAUCAUAGUUGAUAUUUUCUGGUCUUUUUCAUUUCUUCCAUAGUCCCUUUGGAUUUUUCUUGUUUUUGUUUUGGUUUUUGAUUUUUUCGGUUUUUGGGUUUUUUGAGUGAUUUUCAGGAGGCAGGGAGACUUUGGGGCUUGACUUCGGCGUAGGGAUUUCCUGGCACUAAGAAAUGUCUGCUCUUUCCUCAUCCGGUCUGUGUUUCUCUUCCACGUUGUUCCUAAGAGUCUGGGCAGGAGUGAGACAGGAAAGCUGGCCUCAGAAUCAGGAUGGGACGCAGGCUGCCUGAGCUCCUGCCCCACACCUUCCAGAGAUCUGCAGGUUUCUCAUCCCCAGACAUCCUGGAGUCAAAAGCCUCAUGCCCAAACCUGCUGCAGGCGUCUCUGAGAUCUAGAACCCUCCCAAGUCCCUGUUAGCCCAACUGUCCUGACACCCUCCACCCCCCACCCCUCUCCCGCCAACCGUACCUAAAGGGCAGAGCGUGCUCGGGUCCUUGCAGACCUCGGAAGAACAUGCUUCUCAUCAGUUCCUCAGUUCAACCCAUUCCUAGCAGCCUCACGGAAAGAGCAGCCAGGUGCCCUUGUAGCCAACACAGAAGCGAUGUUCUCGGAACCUGCUCUCUCCUCCCCUUUCCUUUCCAACUGCUGGCUCCGUGAGAUUUCUUGCAAAGACAGCGAUACUUUUCCAGUUUUCAUCUCUCCAAGCCUUGAAGUUUUUGGUCUUUCCUGAUAAUUAAUUUCACAAGGCGGUAUCCAGCCUCCUCGAGGCUGAAGACGUCUCACUGAGCAGGACUUCAAGGGGAAGUGAUCUCCAUUCAUCAACCCUGGGUUGAUACCGAAGGGCCAGGGGAUCUCCAGCCCGCAUUCAUCCAGGCUUUGAUCUUCACUUGCCGCCCUGUCAGCUCUGGGUCUGCCCAGUGUCAGAGAUGUGAGCCAAACCAGGACCCCCAGACAGCAGUGAACCAUCCUUGCCAGAUCAAUCCCGACAGGAAGCCAACCCAAGUGCAUCUUAUUAUUCUGAAUGAUGACCCUGGCAGUUGUCCCAUCCCCCAGUUCCUCGUGGUCUGGUUUAAACCAGACCCAACCAAAACAGACAUUUAAAAAGCAAAACAAAACUUUUACCUAAGAAUAGUAAAACCAACAAAUUUCCUCCCAGUAGUUUUCCAGGUUCAAUGUCCAGAUAAGCAAACACCUCUGCCUGUGGGUGUCCUCAGUAAGCAAAAGGCCUGGGUUUGGAGCAUCAAAUUGGAAUAGGCUGGUAAUCGAGCAAACCCAGCUCCUCACUUCUAAUCCUAACUUUAUUUCUAAAUCUAUUUAAAUGUAUUUUUAAUGUGUUUUAGAUCUACAGCCUGGCCAGGAUGGGGCAGAGUAGAGCAGGUGACCUAGGAUGGCUGCACACACACAGGUCCCUGAUGUUUUCUCUCGUGUGACAGGGACAAGGAGGUUGAUUUCAGCUCCAAUUAAGGAAGUCCACCUAAUAGGCUAGGGGUCUCCUAGGAAGCCCAGGGCCAUGGAAGGUAAUGAGCUUGCAUCCCUUCCCACGUGUAUUUAAAGAGAACCUGGUUGAUAUGCAAAGUGGGUAUUGCAAAGUGUUCCUAGCCUUGCAUGGAAACUGGGCUCCAGAUUGAAGGACAUUCCCUCUGCUUCCUGGUGCAUGCGUGUGCCUGUAUGUGUGUGUGUAUGUGUGUAGCUUGUACAUUCUGAACACAGGCUCAAGGCGAGGAUAAAGCACAGUUAGCAGGAGCUCAGGUUCUAGGGUUUGGAGCUGUCUCAGGGGGAUGCCAAAGCAGGAAGGUGGCAGCAGGGCACCCUGCCUCUGUCCUCCCUGCCUCACACCCUGUCAGUCACCCCACCCAAUCCCAGUGGCCUAACAGGGACCACACUGGGAUGGGACACAGCUUCCCUUCCCCAGGCCAGCCAAGGAGCCAUCCACAAAGUCCCCACCUCCGGCAGGCCGUCUCACGGUGCUUUAGCCCUUCUGCCCAGGCACUGUGCCCGCAUAGAGGUGCAGUGAUCUUUUACCCACUAGCAGCCACCCACUGCCCAGCAAUCACAAAUGGCACCAUUCCAAAGGGCUCCCCCACCCCCAAUAAGUAAAACAGGAUUCAUGCAGGACCUUCAAAAAUCUCCGCCUACAGUGUAAACUCAGAAAGGCAAAAGGAAAGGCAGCCACAAUCAGCUUUACAGCAAAACAAGGCUUUAGCUGCCUGCAAGCAGAAUGCUUGGUCCCACCCCCAGCUCCCGUAUCUCUUCCCAUCAGGCCUGGCUCCUGCUUUCUCUGAGCAGGGUGUUUGGCGUGGGAGUUCAUUUGUGUAUAGCGAUUUUAGAGGAGGUGGGACUUGAGCAUCAGGGUGAGCCCAAGUCCAGGUGGUCUUAGGUUUGACACAAGGUGAGGCCAGUGAGACUGGAUGGGCAGAAUGGGCAACUGCCUUCCUCCAAAACCAAAUAAAACAAAAACCAGUUUCCAAAGUCACACUCCAUGGAAGCAAGGUCCUACAGAAACUGCUCAAGAUGUAAGACUACUGUGUCAGGACAGUUAGCGAAGAUGCAGGAAACUCCCAAUUUUGUCCCACGUGGAUGUGCUCCGGUCUCACAGGGAUGGCCAGUCACUUCCUGCCCCCUGGGAUAAGCUGGGCUGAAAUAGAGCUGGGUGUGGCAUUAGGUAAGCUGGCAGCUGGCUCCUUUCUCUCCAGGUCUACCUUGACUUCGGUCCAAGGGCAAGGCUGGGAGCCCCAUUUUCUGUAUCAGGAACUCAGGGUUAUCUGCCAGCAUGUGCCCUCGGCACGCGGUGGUCUUCCCACCUGUGUUGGGUUAAGUGAGUGAACGUGGGAAUGCCUGAUGGGUGAAUGCGUGUGGGGCACGGGGAAGUGAGCUGCUGGUUCUUCCUGGGCUGUCUGUGUUGCUAACUGGGGAGGAAGGAGAAAUGGGAGACACCCGCCUUCACUGAAGACCAUAAAUACCCCACCAAUGCCGCCUGUUCUUGGACACAAUUUGGGAUCACAGUGACAUCCAAAUUUGAGCUUUGUAGGUCCCCAACCUGAUAAGGGUCACGGCCCUCUCGGAGCCUCCCCUGCAGGAGGCUGCAGGGGCAGCAGCCUCAGCCCCCCUUUCCUGCCUGGCAGUUGAAGCCUUAUGUUGUAGCUUAGCUCACACGGUCCGUGGGAGACCACACAGUGGUUUUUCCAAUGGGCUGAGCCAAGGGUCCAGAGUGGAGGUUUCCCUUGGUCUGGGAUUUGCUGGUGUGGGAAUGUGGGCACAUCUGGAACUGGAGUGCAUUCCCUGAGCCGUGGAGUCAGUUGCAUGAGAGGGCUUGCCUGUCCUUCUGCUGUUAGAGCCAAUGGUCUCCAUUUUUCUGAGCCCUGAAGCCCUCCGUGACAACAUAAGUCCCAAUGGCAUCAGCUAAGACCCUCUGUCCCUCCCAGGAACCUGUGGUGUGAGGUUGGGGCUCUUCUGCCAGCAAAGCCAUUCUGAUCACCCCACUCAUGAUGGGGACCAAGCCAACCACAUUAGCCAUAAACGACCAAUGUCCUCAGCCACUCUUUUCUCGGGUUUGUGGGUCCUAUUCAUUUUUCAUCCAUUGACGUCCUCUAGUCCUUCCUGUAAUGGUGAAAAUAAGCAUUGGGCGUGCAUGCGCUCAUACACACACACACACACACACACACACACACACACACAAACACACAGAAACCAAACAAAAAUCCCAGUGUCUUUUUAUGCAUGUAGUGAGAUGAAAUUGUGAUCCUUGUGUGACCUCCAGCUGCUGUCCUGUCUUGUAAAAUAUGUCCAAAUGUUUAAGAAUUUCCAAGCAAAUGGUCCCUUAAUGAAGUCUGCAGAGUUCAAUAAAAGGUGUGGAGAAAACAA